UGCAGGCAAUAGUAAGAUCUCCUGCAGGACGAUGGCUGUUCAGCUCCGAGGAGUGAAGUUCUCCUUCUUGCUGAGUCUGUUUUUGGGAGCUUACAUUUGGCCCCCGGCUCCUGCAGUUGCCUUCCAGCUGCCUCUCUGUCAGCUGGUGAACCAGACGGUUUCUCUGGAGAAGGACGGCUGUCCGAAGUGUCAUCAAGUGGAGACGACCAUCUGCAGCGGACACUGCCCCACCAAGGACUCUGUCAUCAAGUCCCUGUUCAGCAAAGUGUACCAGCAUGUGUGCACGUACGAGGACUACCACUACAUGACCUUUGACCUCCCUGACUGCCCCCUCGGCAUCGACCCGACCGUCUCCUACCCGGUCGCUCUGAGCUGCCACUGCGGCCGCUGCAGCAUGGAGACGUCCGACUGCACCUUCGAGGGUCUGAGGCCCAACUUCUGCAUGAACGACAUCCCUUUCUACUACUAGAGUCACAAGAACUGCAUGAACGACGUCCCUUUCUACUACUAGAGUCACAAGAACUGCAUGAACGACGUCCCUUUCUACUACUAGAGUCACAAGAACUGCAUGAACGACGUCCCUUUCUACUACUAGAGACAUCAAAACCUGUAAUAAGCUGAGGAAGAACUGUGUGAGUGUUCAGCAUCAGCUGAGGUGAAUAAAGA